AUGCGUUCAUUCGUUACUCAAGCCCUCCUGGCCUCGACCGCCGCUGCGGCCGCCAUCAGCGUUGGUCUGGAGUUCCCCGACAGCGUCCCCGCCAUCCACAGGCGCCAGGAGCCUGGCACCCCCCUGUAUGAUUGUCACGACAACUGUGGCAACCUGAUUACUCUUGGCCGUCAGGAAGGAUACUGCGAGAACCCGGAGUGGGACGAGAGAUACGACCUGUGCAUGCAAUGCUCCCUUACCUUUGACAUUUGGCAAUGGUACGGACGCAGCAUCACCGCUCUCGCCGAAGCCUGCGGUCUUACUCCCAAUCCCAGCCCAUCUGGCUGGACCCCCUCCACCUCCACGCUUUCUGAGGAGACUUCCGCCGUUCCUGGGGAGGUUCCUACUACCUCGGCUCCUGUCGAGGCUCCCACCACCACUUCUCCCGCCGAGGUUUCCGUCACCACUACUGUUCCCGAGGAGGUGCCUCCUACCACCUCUGCUGCUGCUGAGGAUUCCACCACUGCUCCUGAGGAGGUUUCUACCACCUCUGCUUCUGAGGAACCCACCUCUGUAUCCUCUGAGGAGACUACCACCGCUCCUGCAGAGGCGUCUGUCACGGCUUCAGAGGACGCCACCUCUGCUGCUGAGGAUUCCACCACUGCUUCUGCGGAGGCGUCCGCCACCUCAGAUAACGAGGAGACCACCUCUGUAGCCUCCGAGGGGACUACCACUGCUUCUUCGGAGGCGUCUAUCACGGCUUCAGAGGACGCCACUUCUGCGUCCGAGGAGACUACCACUGCUACGGAGGACACCACUUCUGCGUCCGAGACUACCACCAGUGGCUCUUCCCCUGCUUCCAGCUCCGCCGCACAUGAGGUAUCUGAGAGCACCAAGGUUCCUUCCAAGCCCACUGGGACUUCCGCCUCUCCUGAGAAGACUGAGACCUCUGCUUCAGGCUCAGCCAGCAAGUCUGCUGCCUCGAACGAGCAUCCCACCUACCCUUCCACCACCCUGACUUCUGUCGGAUCAGUUGGAACUGGUGGUGUUCCUGUACCUACUGCUUCCACCCCUUCCGUCAUCAUCAGCGCCGGUGCUAAGCAUUUCAGCUUCGACACUGCCAUCUUUGCCGUAGUGUUCGCCAUGCUCAACCUCUACUAA